AUGCCGCUGACGCUGAAAUUGAUUCAGAGUCACCCCAGAAAACUAACAGUAUUAACUUCACAAUAUGCCGUCAUAGGUCUACCCCUGAAACUGGCAACCGUGAUUACACUUGCCUCAUUUGCUAUUGUUUUUCUAUACAAACGUACAAACAAAUAUUCAGGCUUACAAAACCAACCAAGAAGCACUUAUUCUGGUCCCUACAGAGGUAUAUCAAACCCAGAAAGUAGAGCUGUCUACUUUGGGAUCCCUGUGUUCUCCUAUGAGGAGCUCCAACAGGCAACAAAUAAUUUUGAUCAAGCUAGAGAGCUUGGAGAAGGAAGCUUUGGGACUGUUUACUACGCCAAUCUUCAAGAUGGACGUGAAGUUGCAGUGAAACGCCUAUACGAGCGCAACUACUGGCCAGUGGAAUCAUUCAACAAUGAAAUUCAGAUACUCACAUGUAUGCGAAAUAAAUAUUUUGUGUCCCUUUAUGGCUGCACUUCACGUCACAGUCGUGAGUUACUACUAGUGUAUGAAUAUGUCCCAAAUGGCACUCUCAGUUGCCAUCUCCACGGUGAUAAGGCAAAGCAUAGAAUAUUGCCAUGGCAUGUGAGGAUGAGAAUUGCCAUAGACACUGCUAGUGCAUUGACUUAUCUCCAUGCUUCUGACAUCAUUCACCGAGACGUAAAGUCCAGCAACAUCCUCAUUGACAAUAACUUUUGUGUUAAAGUUGCUGACUUUGGUCUUUCGAGACUAUUCCCCAAUGAUGUCACACACGUCUCCACAGCUCCAAAGGGAACACCAGGUUAUGUUGACCCUGAUUAUCGCAUGUGCUACCAGCUUACAACAAAGAGUGAUGUCUAUAGCUUUGGAGUUGUUCUUGUUGAGCUAAUAUCAUCUAUGCCAGCAGUUGACAUGAGCAGGGACAGGGAUGAGAUUAAGUUGGCAAAUCUAGCCGUAAGGAGGAUUCAAAGAAGAGCAUUUUGUGAGUUGAUUGAUCCUUCCCUUGGUUUCCAGUCGGAUGACAAGUUAAAAAGGAUGAUAGUUUCAGUGGCAGAAUUGGCUUUUCAGUGUUUGCAAGGGGACAAUGAAUUGAGACCCUCCAUGAGUGAAGUGUUGGAGGUGCUGCAGAGAAUUGAAAGUGAAAAUGAUGAGCCAGCGAGUUUUGAAGGAAUUGAAAUUCAUGGUGCUAGGGUUCCACAAAGUUAUACACGUCCACCACUUCCAAACAUGAAGCUGCAGCGCCAUCAUCAAACACUAUGAUAAAAGGGACAAUGAGAAUAAGCGUCAAAUAUCAGUGACUAGCCAGUUAGUCUUUCAUUUCAGAUGGUAGGUACUUGUUACUUCUUUGUCAUCGUUCUACGAUGAAUAUAAGGCAUGAGAAUAUUUUGUAAAUUGCACGUAAUGCUACUCCUAAUCACAGAGUAUCCUUAUUUAUUGAAUAUGAUUAUAUUAUAAAGCACAUCCUUGCUUGUCCAUUGGCUGAGGGAGAGUUCAGAGUAGGAAAAUAUGAGCAUUUUAUCUUGUUAAGUAUUCUGCAAGCAGUACAUAUUAAUUAAUAUUUCCUAUUAGUUUAGCAUCUCAACUUUACUGGAAGGUGCUGAACAGAAUU